GCUCGGGAGCAGACACGCGGAGCCAAAAAAAAAGCAAAAAAAUUUAUUUCCACUAUUUUGUUAGAAAAAUUAUAAAAACAAUCUACUUAUCACAAAUAGUACAUGUGUAAAUAUAACAAAUUUUCCACGCAACAUCGUAAUUAUAUUGAAAUCUGGUCUUCGAAUAAUAAUAAAGCCAAAAGCUAAAAAAUCAUCAAUUCCGCAAAGCAAAAAAUCGGUUGGGAAAUAAAUCAAACUAACGUAAAGUUUAAAUAAUCGUAACUAAUUCACCAACUGAACUGGCAAAUUGAACUAACUCGUGGUUAUUAUCUGGAGUGAAAAUAAUUAUUGUUGAAUGAGGAGAAAGAACAUGGAACCGAGGGUUUGAAUCCACGAAAACACAAGAGCAGAGAACAUUCACCGACUAUUCUAGCGCCGUGAAACGAAUUUUCCAUAAUUAUUUUCAAUUUAAAUGUACAAUAAUAUCGAGCGGAGUAUGAAUUAUUUUGAAUGGAAUAAAGUAGUCUCAUAGGUGUCACUGAUUACAUUAUUUUGUCCCGAUUCUUGGGACAGGUUCAGUGUUGUGUCGUAGUAAUACUAGAGGAGAGGGCGAAAUUCAGCAAUAGAGCUUAACCAUCGAGAGGAGUAUAAAAAGUGAUAGAGAGCAAAAUUCAAGUGACGAAAGGGUGAGAGAAGCGUGCUCCACCGAAAUAUGAUAAUCGGAAAAUAGUGGAAGAUAUAAAUCAACGAGGGCACGUUCGACAUCUUUACGCACGCGUGAGGUACACGUGACUUGUGCACUGAACUGACUACUCGAAAUUUUGUUUUCUCUCUCUUUUCAAGUACCGAUUAACGUGAUAUAAAUCUAGUUGCAUAAUUGACUGAAAGGAUAAAACUAAAAAUACAAAGGAGAUAUUGAAGUACGAUAGUACAUGGUAUAUCGGUUCACGAAAGUUUGGCUGUGUAAGAUCGUCCUCGGGAAUGUUCCAUCGUUCUCAACUUCUCACCAGGUGAACUGAAAGAAGUCACUGGAAUCCCGGUUCAUCUUGAUUUUCUAGGUUCCAAAGUACCGAAAUAAAACCAUAAAAGCAUUAGUUCGCAUCAACUACUUCCAGCGCACUAUUACCCCGACAAUUAAAAAAUACAAUUGACGAAAUAAAAAAAAGCCAGCAGCGAUUAUUAAACAUCCGGAGUGAAGUGGAUUAAUUUUAACUGUUGGCCCAAUAUCACAGUAUGGUUAACGUGACUGAUAGCAUUACGGAAAUAACAACAGAAGAGGAAAGAACUUGAGCUACUUAAAAUAUCAGUGUGUAAAAGUCGAUCGAUAAAAAUCCUCAAUCAUUGGUGGAGGGAGGGUAAACUAUGGCUGGCUACAAUCACGCAAAUUCACAGCGAGUCGUCUACCACGCGACCUAUCCAACCCCACUGGCCCCAAAUGGCGAUCCAAUAAAACUACCCGAAAACUUGGAAACAUUACCGCGAGCCGAGCAUUUUCCGACUCAGAGGCACCGAUGGAACACAAACGAGGAAAUAGCUGCCAUACUGAUCAGCUUCCAGCGGCACACAGAAUGGCAAAGUCGCGAGGUGAAGGUGCGACCCCGCAGCGGUUCAAUGUUGCUAUAUUCGCGGAAGAAGGUUCGCUACCGAAGGGAUGGCUACUGCUGGAAGAAGCGAAAGGACGGGAAAACGACUCGCGAGGAUCACAUGAAGCUGAAGGUCCAAGGAGUGGAGUGCAUUUACGGAUGCUACGUCCACUCGGCGAUACUUCCGACGUUCCACCGUCGCUGCUACUGGCUCCUCCAGAACCCCGACGUCGUCCUCGUCCACUACCUGAACGUUCCGUACCCCGACGGGGACGCAAAAUUGGCAGCGCUCCCGCCAUGUUUGGUGCUGCCGCCUGACAAGAAAGAGUGGACGAGGGACGAACUGGCCGCCCAAUUGAGACCAAUGUUUCUGGGUAGCGACGAUGAUCCCAAUAAUGCUCAUCUUAAUCAGCACUCCACACAUCCCGUUGACAUGAUUGUAACACAACUGCUGGACAGACAACGGGCGUCAUUAACUACAUCAUCUAGUGGUGCUCAAUUAGCUCCUAGGAGAUUAACACCUGACAAUCAGGUGACUUCGACGACUGGAGGUCAGCACUCCUCGUCGACGGGGUCAUCAGCCACCCGCGUAUAUUCCAGGCACUCCCACCCGACCCAAAAUCCGCAACCGACACCUCUCGUCCUAAGCUUGCAACAGAUACAGGGUGGAGGUGGUCUUUUGAUACUGAAUAGUCAGCCCUAUCACCACCCACAGCAGUCGCAGAAUCAGCAAGAGAAGCAGGCCCAGUCGCAGGCUCAAAAUCACCAGACCGAGAUCCAAUCAGUCACCGACCAGCCGUCGGUGCAGCAGACGAGUGUCGACCGUGAACAGCAGACACAGCAGGACAUCGACACCCAAGACACCACCGAGAGACCAGUGCUGCAAACGAUAGUAACGACCGGAAGUGGCGCAGACGUCACAGAAUUCGUGGAGACCCUCGAUCUCAGCCAGGAAGACAUCCAGAGGACUCUGUCAGCGAACAUGAUGCCGUCCUCACCCUCGCCGUCCCCCGCCGAUAAUCACAUAAUAAAUCCCAUGGACUUCAUCGAUUCAUCCGACGAUGUGUUGGUCAAUCUGGACGCUUUCGACGUUUUCGGCGAUUUGCCGGAGCUUCACGACUUUGAGACUGAACAGAUAAAGACCGAAAGCCGAAGCACUUCAUCGCAGAACGACAACGCGCGUCCUCCUGGCGCAACGGUCCACAUCGCCGAGUACAGCCCUGAGUGGAGUUACACCGAGGGCGGUGUCAAGGUAUUAGUCGCAGGACCGUGGACCGGCGGGGGAAGUUCGCAAUCGUACUCUGUCCUCUUUGACACGGAGCCCGUUGAGGCGUGUCUCGUUCAGCCCGGUGUAUUGCGUUGCCGUUGUCCAGCGCAUGCACCUGGCAUAGCUUCCCUCCAAGUAGCAUGCGACGGAUUUGUUGUGUCCGAUAGUGUUGCCUUUGAGUACAGACGAGCGCCCACGACCGAGCCUAGUCCUGAGAAAGCACUCCUGGAUCGCUUCGCGGAUGUAGAGUCACGAUUACAGGGUCCCGGUCCGCGUUCGCCAGUAGCACACCUCGAGGAGCGAUUAGUAGCGUACUGUCAGGACGCGGUGAUUCGUCCUUGGCGAGCUGGUGCUGAGCCCCUGCAAUCCACGGGGCCAACGCUUCUUCAUCUGGCGGCUGGUCUCGGAUACUCGCGGCUCGCGUGUGCUCUGCUGCACUGGCGCGCGGAGAAUCCAAGUAGUGUUCUAGAUGCGGAAGUCGACGCUCUCCGGCAGGACAACGCUGGCAUGACGCCGCUGGCCUGGGCGUGCGGUGCAGGACACGCCGACACUGCGCGUAUCCUUUAUAGAUGGAACGCGAUGGCAUUGUGUGUGAAGGACCGCCAGAACAGGAGUGCCACGGAGAUCGCAGCGGAGAAUGGUCACGCGGUCAUAACUGAGGAGCUGAAUCGUUUGGAGGCAAGGCGGCAGGACGAACGUCUUUUCUUGAGACCCGCCAGCCCGAGUCCGCGGAGACCUUCGCAGGACAGCGGUCUCGAUUUGACGUCAUGUGGCUCCCUGCUACUGGACAAUAUGGAAUUUUCCCAAGAAGAUGACUCAUCCGUAGGGAUUGGUUCACAGCGAAUGGAGAGUACUUCAAGCUCCCAAUCGUCCGUAGGGGAGGAAGAUGUGCGGGUGUUGACAUUAGCCGAACAAAUAAUUGCCGCUCUUCCAGAAAGGAUUAAGAGGGAGAAAACUAAUCGAAGUACAUCCCUGCCACCUCCCUCGCCCACACCGUUGGCGCUACUCGAGGACCCCCUCACCGAGCCAAUGCCCCUCAACUCCAGCGAAUUAUUCGACUGCUACCGCGAGUGCAGUGGCGGUGCCGCAUCAAUGUCCGACGCGGACGCUGAAGCGAGUCCGUCAAGUCCCUCGAGCAGCUGCCUAACACCGGAUUCGCCUUCGCCAUCGCCGACAACCUCCGACUUCUGCGAAUUUUUGCAACUGCAGCUGCAGCUGGACAACGGACGUGGUUCCACUCACAAUUUCCACAAUGUGGACAGACCGAUGGGAUCGAGCAUUUACAGCCGAACGGGGAGUCACGCGAGUGACGGCAGCGAAGCGGACCUCAGCAGAUUGACACUGUCCGAUCGCGAGCAGCGGGAGCUUUACCAAGCAGCGCAGAUGAUCCAGAAAGCGUACAGGAGCUACAAAGGAAGGCAGCGCCAAGAAGAAGCCGAGCGACACGCGGCCAUUCUCAUACAGCAGUACUAUCGCCGUCACAAACAAUACGCAUACCACAGACAAGCCAACAAGGCGGCUCUCGUCAUUCAGAGCAACUACCGCAAUUACCGCGCUCGUCCGAGCUUCAAAAGCACAAGACAACAGUCCGUUCAUCAGCAGGCGGCGCAUCAGGCCGCGAGGAAGAUUCAGCAGUUCAUGCGGCAAUCGAAAAUCAACUUGUCCUUGGAUGACACACGACCGAUCUCCCGUUUUUGUAGACUGCAGAGCGCCAGGGUCGUCGCAAGAGGGAACGCGAAGCUGCCAGUGCAACAUUUACGAAUGGCUGUUGUCCACCGAAGCUAGCCCUGAUUUAGCCUAGAAGUUAAUUGAGACGCCAUCGCUUCUUGGUCUACCAACCGAUACUCUUGGUUGCUGAGCCUCAAUUCGAAUCCAAAUAGAGCGACCAAAUUGCGAGGUGGAACUUCUGACCGUCCAUCAUGCUGCCUCCCUGUCAACACCUAGAGACCCAGCUGGUAGAGCUGGGCUUUCUCGUUUCAUCGAAAGAUUUGUUGAUGAAAACGUGAUAAAGAGAGACUGGAUUGCGAACGUACCGAGUGCAGAUUUUUGGUUUGCCUGAGAGGGGCAGAUUUGGCUUUGAGCUGCGAACAGCCUCGAACACUGGCCAGAAAUAAAAGUGUACGCUGGACAUUGAAUCGAAAAUUGGGCCUCCUGCGAAUUAAAAAAAAUAUAUGGAAAUUACUAGAAAAGUGGAUCUAUAAAUGAAACCCUAUUGAUUGAAAAAAAAAAAUUGGCCACUAGGACUUCCGUUGAUCACUUGAUGAGCGAAAAUGGGGGCUGUUUGCGGCUCUAGCACUGGCCGACGCAGAAAAAAGCGUCGACAUAUUCGGUUACUGAGGAUGCCACCUCCCGCUCGUCCCCCGAGUGGAACGAACUCUUUUUUUUUAAAGUUUGCCCAAGUCUCCAGAGACUGACAUUCCGCUACCACAAAAAUGGUCCUUGGUAGCUCAUUUCUCCGUUAUAAAAUUUGUUAUGCGAAAAUAGCAGCAGAGAAGACCACAAUGUGGAUUCGAAGCCGCUUCUUCCUUGAAAGAAAAAUUUCUUCAAACAAAAGUCUUAUCUAAUAUAUUUGACAAAUACUGCAAUAUUGUUAAGUCUUAUAUUUGCAAGCACGGCGUCGAAUAAUGCAAACACUUGAAUCUUCUACUCUUCUCAUUUUAACUCCAACUCAUGAUAUUUCCUAGGACUUUUUUCUGAAAUUUUUAAUCAAACUGUUUACGAUUCGUUAUUGCUGAGUUGAUUUGUUAUACAGAUUAAGAAUAAAAAUGUGAAAUCAAAUUUCUGAUACAGUCUAGUUUAGGAAAAUGCCCGCAAUGAUAUCGACAUAUCAUUUAGUCAGCCCUUUUCAUAGAGUUCUGUUCAUCGAUCAGGAUAAUUAUGAAAAUGAAUCGAAUCGUAUCGGCACACUCUUUUCAAGAUGGCGCUGCGGGAUGAGAUUCCAAAGAUGUACAUAUUUAGUGAAUAACAUUUAGAGCAUUUUGAUGACAUCAAUUUUCCAUCAUUUUACGAUGAUUUAAUCUUCUCAGACUUUUAGUCCAGAAAUCAAUCGAUCUAGACUUCUUGAGCAAUCAAUUACCGGAUAAUUCCACCUUUGGGAGACAGCGUCAACUAAUUGACCCUGUAAUGCAGAUGUUUCUUUUAUUUUCCUUUUGAGAGCUAUUUCCCCAUGACAUUGACUACAAUCGCUAAAAUAGUGUUUAUAUUGAAAAAUAACCUGAAACUCUUGCGCGUUGGUGAUAAAAAAAAUCUAUUGCUACAUAAUGUGAUAAUUCCAUGGUGAUCAAAGAAAGUAUUUCCGAUGCUUUGCAGAUAUAAGAACAAAGAACAAAAUUCAAAGUAAAACUGAUUACAGUUACGCAGACCCGAUCUGUCUGAAGGGCUCAGUAUUUUCGGAUGAAAAAAAAAGAUAACUCUGAAAGAAUAGGAUUCCAACGAUGAGAAUAGGCGAGGUGGUGUCACCGAUAAAAAAAGAUUUAGUUGUUAAGCUCACACGCUCAAUCCCUUCAGUUCCAUCAUUACGGAAUAUCAAGAAAUCCGAUGGUCUUGAUCAUUGCGUAUUAAUUGUAGAUAUUGGAUUAAUUGGAUAAGCGUUACGAUAGUGAUAAAAAAAAUUGCAUUAUGUAAAAGGAAUAUGUAUAUACAGAGAAGAUAUACACAUGAGUCAAUUCCAACCAACAUUUUCAUGCAUUAAGCUUAUAAAAAAGGGUAUCAGUGCUUAAUUGAAAUUAAAAUAAUGAAGACGAGGCAGAAAAUAUUAAAUUUUUCAAUCAGUAAAAUUUAACUAUAAAUUAAUUAACAAUCUCAGCUCGUUCCUAUUAAGGAAGAGUGAAUGAGAUUCCAAUAUAUUGUAUACAAACAAGUAUAAUAUAUUGAGUAUUUUUGCUCUUUAUACAUUCCAGUGAUUCACUCAUUGAAGUUUAGUAAUCUGAGAGGUAUGCGCUCUGUUAAUAGAACAAGUACAUUAUUUCAGGAAAGUUAAUCGUACGCUUUUGCCUAUGCAGGGAAAAAGUUCUACGAAUUUUCAGAUUUUACAUAAAAAUUAAUUCUUAAAUAAAUGAAUAACGUUACUCGACGAGAUUUAUAGCCACUUCUAAGCGAAUCUGACAUAGCUCCUACGAGUAUCUACUACUAAUUUUUGAACCUUAAUGAUUCAUGGAAAGUCAUCAAGUCGUAUGUUUCCUAGCCUCCUCAAUCUACGACCGAUGAGACAAAUUUAUUUAUAUCUUUGAAUCACAUUCCAAUUGAAAAAUCGAGAGAAUCGAAACAAAAAUAACCAUAAAUUAAAAAUAACCACGAUAGAAAAGAAAAUGACAAUUUAUUCGCAUAGACGCUUCGAAGAUGACAACUUGAAGACGUAAUUUUAAUCAAAUGAAUCCUCACAAAGAAAAGUCAUGAUUAGUACAAGAAAAAAUAAUAACGGGAAAAAAAAAGUUUUUAAAUCUUAAAUAAUGAAGCCAAAGCAUGGCCUACUUGCUGCCCCUUAAAUUAGCUUCGAAUAAUCAACUUUAACUUCUUUACUAUUGAGAGUCACAAAAAAAUUACAAGACAUCGAUUAAACGAGAGCGUCAGCCAACUUUACCGAUAGAUAAUGCAAACCGAAGGUAUAAAUAGUUUAACUUCAAACUUGUUUAUUUUACCAAUGAUUCAAUUUUAUGACUUCACGGGAAUGACUAUGUCCCAGAUACAGCGUUUCAAUAAUAUUCCGAUAUCUUUCUACAGCUCUUCUAGGAUUCGUCGCAGGCAACAAAAUCAAUGAAAUGGUCGCUUCAUUUUCUAUUUCAAUAAAUAUCGAGUCAUUUUGAACGGCAACAAUUGGAAUACAAUACGUGAUAUGCCCGUACGAAUUUAGCCACAAGGAUGUCGCACUUUGUCACUUUUGUCCUCUUUGCUUUUUAGAAAAAAAAGACUAAAUGCUCCAUUUUCUUAUAAUACUUCGACUCGCAUAAGAGAGAAUCGAUAAAGCAUAGGAAAGAAAAUACGAGAACCGACAAAAAAAUAAUGGAAUAAUGAUGUUAACUAAUGAAUGAAUAUACCUCUGUUUAUCAUUUUAUCAAUAUCGUUCAACGAAUAUUGUAAAUAACGAAACAAUUUUAUCUAUUCCCGAUUUUGGGGGAGACGGAUGGUAGUAUUAAUUACCUCACAGUGUCGUCCAAACGAAGAUGAUGAUUUUCAAUUAUAAUCAUUAUCCGUCUUCUUCUUCAUUGUUACUCCAAUUCAUCAUUGCAUUUAAUAAAUUAUAUAUUUAUUGACUCACUUA